AUGCCGGUGCUGCAUAUUUACACCUCGGGUACAACCGGACUUCCCAAAGCGGCGCGAUUUAGUCACUUGAGGUUUUUUGCCGCCAUUUUUCUUUCUUCCAUGCUUUCGCACCGAGGGAAAGUGAUGGAGACUUUGAGGAAGCAGCACGAGAGCUACAGUGGUGGAAGUGGCAACGAUACUUGGUGGUCCAGCUUUAAAAAGAUGUUUACAGGCUCUUGCUCCCCCCUCAAGGACGAGCUCAAUAUUCUCACGGUGUACAAUUGUCUACCAAUGUACCACACAGUAGGCUGCGUGUUCUGCAUUGGGCACUUGCUACGGGCUCUGCAGGAGCAGCAGCGUGCGGCAGGUACGGUGACGUUGUAUCAGUGGAAACCACAGGGUGAUAAAGGCAAGAUAGGUCGACAACAGCAGCAACCGCGGCUGGCACCGACCGCCCGUAUGAUAAUACGAAGUAAAUUCAGUGCUUCGCAAUUCACAAGAGACCUGCAACGGUACCGAGUCACUGUGUUUCAGUACAUUGGGGAGAUCCUCCGGUACGCGUUGCAUUAUGAAAAGAAGAUGCAGGUUGUGCCGCACAACAUCGCCGUUGUGCACGGCACACACUCUGAUAGUGUGAAGGGGGACAACAUUGGGAAAACCAUUGGCAAUGGCAACCAAGGGGAAACUCGCUGGGUGGUCCCCUUUGCAUUUGGUAAUGGAUUGCGUGUUGACAUCUGGGAUGAGUGCAAGCACACCCUUGGUAUCGCGCAGGUGGUGGAGUUUUACAGCUCAACGGAGGGGAAUAUAUUUCUUUUUAACCUGUUUGAUGUUCCCGGGGUUGUGGGGCACCUGCCGCUUCUCCCUACCCCGAUCUACUGGCUCUCCACACAGUUCAAUCCAUUGUUGCCCUUUCGCGUUGUUAAGUACGAUUUUGAUCGCGAUGAGGUGUGGCGUCACCCGACGAAGGGGUGCUCUGCGUACUGCAACGUGGGCGAAACCGGCGAGAUUGUGGGGGAAAUUAUUCAGGGCUUUGACGUCUUUGGGCUUCGACGCUUUGAUGGGUACCACAGUGCUGCGGAGACCCGGAGGAAUGUGAUUCGCGGUGUCUUCAAAAAAAAACGACGCCUACUUUAUCUCGGGUGA